AUGGGCAUCAAAGGCUCCAAGCCCAAACUCUCGAAGGAGGACCUCGAGUUUCUCAAGAAGAACACCAACUUCACAGAAGAGCAGAUCAAGGAGUGGUACAAGGGUUUCGUGGUAGGUUCUCUCCUCAGGUUGUUUUCUAAAAGGUACCUAAUUGAUUUGAACCUUCUAAAACGUGAUGUGCUGCCACUUCCUCACCUACCCCCAGUUUUACCUGAAAUUUCAAAAUUUUCGGCCAAAAACCAGGCUUUUUUCGAAAGUUUUAUACCCAAACAACAAAGUUUUUUGAAAAGCAGCAAGAUUAGGACUGAAUUGUAACACUUUCAGCAAGACUGCCCCAAAGGCCAUCUGACAAAGGAACAGUUCAUUAAAGUCUACAAAGACUUUUUCCCCUCAGGGAGUGCAGAAGGGUUCUGCGAGCACGUCUUUCGCACGUUCGACACUGACAACUCUGGUUUCAUCGACUUUAAAGAGUUUCUACUGGCUAUCAAUGUGACCUCAUCAGGAACGCCCGAGCAGAAGCUGGAAUGGGCCUUCCGCAUGUACGAUAUCGACGGCAACGGGACAAUAGACGAGAAGGAGAUGAUCAAGAUCAUCGAAGUGAGUUAUCCUUAGAAUCCUGAGCCAUAAUUUUAUAGAAAAAGCUUUAAAAUAAGAAUCAAAGCAUCUGUAAACACUAGAAUACUAUCACAGACAUAAUUUUGUCCAUAAAGGGCAACAUUUGUGUCAAGACUUCUUUUCCCACUGGGUUAAGUUUCUCUCUCUAAUACAAUAUCCGGGAGUUACUGAAACUUUGGGCAAAGUUAUGUUAUCAUGUGACGAUAUUCAUGAUGUUAUCUCUUUAAACGACAUUAUUCAUUUGCAUUCUUUAUUGCUUAUAUCUCUGCCUUUCCAAAGUUCUCAUGGCCUUAAGUGUGAGAAAAUACAAAAACCGGCUGGUAAUUUGGUCGAUUCACAUUACGAUGAGAUUAAACACCCUUUCAUUUCCCUAAUUGCCAUCACGGAUUAUUUAUUGUAAUCAUACGACGGUUUGGUUCCGCUGAUUUAGCGUCACGACUUCUCGGACAUUUAGAUUGAUUAAUAUUACCAUGUAAUUUUAAAGUAAUUGUAAUAAGACAUGUUACUUUUAGGCCAUCUACGAGAUGUUGGGCCCGGAGGUGACAAAGUCGGCGGACGACUCGCCCCGGAAACGCGCCAAGAUGAUCUUCGAGAAGAUGGACGUGAAUAACGACAAAGAGCUCACCCUGAAGGAGUUCGUGGACGGCUGUCUGGCGGACAAGGAGCUGUUCCAGAUCCUGACGAACGAGGUCAAGAAAUGA